CGAUCACAGCCCUGCAUAAUAAGGAAGAGCCGCACCACACCACCCCGCCGGAACUCUAUCACUUUUUGAGACGCUGUGAUAAUUACGACACGGUCAAUCUAUACUGGAACCUAUGGACUGAAUUCGAGGCGGCAAGACAGAGAAUUGGAACGACGAGCCGGUGCAAACGUAGGAUAAGAGAGAAAGGAUUGAUUCCUGGGAUUGGUGACUGCGCAGACGGAUCUUGCGUCUCGAUUUGCGCAUACGCACCCCCCGACAAUCGAGUUCUUACAUGAUCGAACAACAACAUUACGUACUUGCACCACAAACACAAACAUCCUCAGCGCCUCGAGCUCGUUGAGCUCUCGUAAUACAAACACAAGCCAAUCAUGGACCCUGACAACCUCCGCACGGCGUCCCUCUACAUCAACAAUCAGCUUCUAUCGCGCGGCCUAUUGCGCAAUGGCCAGAAUAUCGAUUUUGCGCGUCCGGAUAGGGCAGUUGCUGAUGGUGGGGAGGGGUUGGAAAAGACGAUGGGGAGGGUGAUGAGUGUGGUUAAUGAUUUGAUUUUGAGGAGAGAUGUGAGUAUUUACUUCCCAACAUUCUUUGGGGAUUAUUGAAGGGUAUUGGGCGGACGGUGAAGACAUGGAGAUGGAAACGGAGAACGUAUGGGUGCAAUAAUUAGGAUACAAGCUGAUGAAACUACAACAGCGCGACGCAACACAACGCGAAUCCCUCACUACAACCCUACGAACCCUCCGCGCAGAUACACUCCGCCAUACCACAGAUAUGGAACGUCUUUCUACCAAACACACCGAAGCGCAGCGCAAACUCGGCAUCGCAGAAUCCACUGAACGCGCGAUGAAAUUGCAACUCAAGAGCGCGGAACAAGCGAAUCGAGUCCUGAAAGAAGAGAUGGCGCGGAUGAAAGUCUUAGUACAACAGACGAGAAGUCAAUGCGCUGUUGAAGUACGGAAACGCGAACGGACGCUCGAAGGACUGAAGAAACAUGUUGGCGAUGGUCGCGUGAGAGGCGGUGGGAAAGUCGUGGGAAGUAGAGAGAUUACAGUCGUUGCUGGGAUCGGAGAGGUGGAUGAGCGGGGUGGUGUGAUGGGCAGUGUGGGUGUUGGAGAAGAUGGAUAUGAUCUCAGGAGUGAGACGAAUGAGUUCCUCACUGAGCUGGCGAGGGGUCUGUCAGAGGAGAAUGAACAUCUUGCUGCGUUGGCGAGACGGACUGUCGAGACCCUGAGGACGCUGAGUGGCUGGGAGAAGGAACAUCAUGAGUCUGCCAGUGAAGGACAGAGGGAUAUGAUCGUGCAGACGGAGAGCGGAUAUGAUAACCUGGCUCAGGAGACUGAGGCUGUCCUUGAGCAUGUGAGGACUCUGCUUACGAACCCGAGUUUCGUGCCGUUGGAAGAGGUGGAGAUUAGGGAAGAGGAGAUUAUCAGACUUAGAGAGGGUUGGGAAAGGAUGGAGAGCCGCUGGCGCGAUGCGGUUAGCAUGAUGGAUGGCUGGAGGAAACGCAUGGCUAGGAGUGGACAAACUGUCAACCUCGAGGAGCUGAAGAUGGGAUUGAUGCUCAGCCCAUUGAAGAACAAGGAUGACGGUGCUGCGAAUGGCAACGGAGAUGGCUUUGGCUUGAGCAUGGUUGCUGAAGAGGACGCAGAAGGUGAUACCCAGGCUGAUAUCGAUGCUAUGGAUGAUUCAGAGAUGCCUGAUCCCGAUCUUGGCGAUUUCGAUGAUGAGAUGGAGGAUUCUGAGUCGAGCCUAUUCGAAGAAGAACCUCUGGAGGAUGAAGCCGACGUCGAGGAAGACCAAGAGCAAGAGGAUGAAGAGGCGAACUAUACCAUCCACACUGCAUCGUCUAUGUCACCAGGUCCACCUCCACAGUUGUCACCUCUGAAAGAGAGCAGUGGCAAUGCCAGAGCAGCUGCUCCAAGUCCACCAUAUCUCCCAAGGAAGGAUAGGGAGCUGGACGGUUUCACGACUAUUGUCGAGGAGAAUACAUAUGAUCUCUUGCAAUUGGCAUCGCCUAAGAAACAAGCAUCUGCGAGAUCCACUCCACAGUCACUAGGAAGAGACAGAGGAGCAAAGAAAGAGAAUACGCCAACUGGAAGAGCUGCGGCCAGUUCAUCCUCACCAGACGAGGUCUCCCUCCUUCGAACCUCAUUCCCACCACCUCUCCUCCAACAACCACAACCACAUUCCCGCUCUGGCUCCUCAUCGCCCACGAAAUCCUCGCAUUCAUCCAAACCUUCAUCCGCUCGUCUCAACCAAGCCCAAGCAACACCCAGACUCAAACUAAGCAAUACAGCGUCUGGAGGUACAGGAGCAGAAUCUAGACUCCCUCGCCCAAGGGAACAGCCCCCUAUGCAGAGUCCUCUCACGAUGGCUAGUAUCGCUGCGAAAUUAGCGGCUAGUGAACGAGAGGCUGAUGCAGCGAGGGUGAGAGCCAAGAUUAAGGCUGCGAGGGGGAAGGGCGGCGUGGCUACUGCUGCUGUGACAGCCUCGUCUAGAGGGGCCAGGAACACAGCUGCUGCUGGUGCUGGGGGGAUUUCGGAGAGAGAUUUGAAGAGGAGUGAGGAGGAGAGGAAGUUGAUGCCGCCUCCGCCUACGCCGAAACGGUCACAACCGGCUCAGCCACCUCAGUCUCAGGACGCACAGUCUCAUUCUCGAUCUCAUGACGCGGAGCUAGCCCGGAGCAGAGAUAGGGAUACAGAAAUGGAUGCCGAGAAUGUUAAUUCGAAUAUCAACAAUGAUGCUAGAUCGAGGAAACGGAAAGCGAGGGAGUUGGGCACAGGGACAGGGAGGGAUAAGGGGCAGGGGAGAGCGAGUAGGAGGAGGAGCACGCUUAGUCCGUGGGAGUUGGAGAGUUUGAUUUUGGGGGGUGCGGGGGUGGGAGGUGCGAGUCCGGAGAAGUGAGAAGUGAGGGAGAGUUCAGAGAGGGGAUGUAGGUGGAGGGAGUGGGAAGGUGUAUUUUAUAGCGUUUUUGGAGGGGACAAGUCACUUUUGUGUUUGUUGGAUGGAUGCUUGUACAUUGCGGGUGAUGAUUUUAUGAUUCUACUUAAUUGUGAUUGAUGAGAAGCGAUUUCGCUUUCUUGUAUACUGCAUUGCAUUGAAUUACAUUUAAUUUGGGAGGUAGAGAGAGGGUAGGAGACAGGGGAUGAGAGGGGGUGAUGAAUACCAUUGUUUUGUUCGACCUUCUUCUUCUUCUUUGAUUUGAAUCUUUGUGC